UUGGCUCAAAUUGUUAUCUGUGAAUUUGGGCCUAAACUCCAUGAGUAGGCCCAUCGGGUCGAAAUGCGGAGGAAUUUUAGCCCAAAUGAUCCGCGAGUAUGGGAAGAAGAAAAUGCGAGUACAAUUCACCAAUUUGGAACCCUAAUUGUUUGAAUUUUUUGGAAAAACCUGUACUCUCUAUACUCGCCCCCAAAUUUUCAGGAGCUGUGAUCAUCACAAUUCUCUACUGCCACUGCACAAAAUUGAGUACUUGGAUUGGGGGAACACAUUUUACCUCAAUGGUUAUGGACCUUGUGCCGCCAUCAGGUGAUCAUCACGAGAAAGAAGACUGUGGGCGGCAUACAUGUGUAAGGAUUGAAAGUGCAAGAGGAGAACUUUGUGGUCCAGAUGGAGCUACUGUCACUGCUUCGAGGAGUGUUUACCUGGGAAUAGAGAAUGCAGGAACUAGUUGGAAUGAAAGAACAUCAUCUAAUGGUGCAAAUGUACUGCCAAACGCAGAUUCUUUGGCUGUGAAUUGCUAUAGGAACUUGGAGCCUCAUGAUGGUAUGGAAUUUGACUCGAAAGAGAAUGCCUUUUCAUAUUACAAAGAAUAUGCUAAGUCCAUUGGAUUUUCCUCAAUAAUAAAGGCUAGCCGUAGAUCCAGAAUUUCUGGAAAAUUUAUUGAUGCAAAAUUUGUUUGCAGUAGAUAUGGAAGCAAGCGUGAACCUUCUACUUCUGGUGCAGAACCUGUUCCAAGUGCUGAUGCAGCAGGAAGUAAUCCUGUGAAGAGAAAAAAAGGCAGAAUAAACAGGUCUUGGUCAAAAACAGAUUGUAAGGCAUGCUUGCAUGUAAAGAGAAGGUCUGAUGGAAGGUGGGUUAUUCAUACUUUUGUCAAAGAGCAUAACCAUGAAAUAUUUCCGGAUUGGACCAGCUAUCCUUCAGGUCACAGGAACAUUGAUCUGGGUAAGAAUGAUGCAGAUGCAUUUCAUGCUAUCCGUGGGAGGACGAAAAAGACUUAUGCCUCGACGUCUAGACAUUCUGGUGUUAUGAAGAAAGUUGAGAAGCAAAAGAAUGGUGGCACAAAUAGUAGUCCUCAAUCUUUGGCUUUAGAUGAGGGAGAUGCACAAGUUAUUCUUGAGCAUUUUCUUUGCAUGCAAGAUGAAAAUCCAAACUUCUUUUAUGCAUUGGAUUUGAAUCAAGAGAAACGCUUGAGAAAUGUCUUUUGGAUUGACGCUAAAUGUAGGCUUGACUGUGGUAACUUCAGUGACGUAGUUCUUUUUGACACUACCUAUAUUACAAACGAAUAUAAGCUGCAGUUUGUUCCUUUUAUUGGCGUCAAUCAUCAUUUUCAGUCCAUAUUGCUGGGAUGUGGGCUGAUUGCAGAUGAGAGUAAGUCAACAUUUAUUUGGUUGAUGCGAGCAUGGCUCAGGGCAUUGGGUGGACAAGUUCCAAAAGUAAUUCUAACUGAUCAAGGCAAAACACUGGAAGAAGUUAUUGCUGAGGUUUUACCAGAUUCACGCCAUUGCCUUUGUUUGUGGCACGUACUGAGUAAGAUCCAGGAGAAGCUUGGUCAUGUCAUAAGGCAGCAUGAAAGUUUUCUCUCCAAAUUCAAUAAAUGUAUUUUGAGGUCAGCGACCAAUGAGUUGUUUGAAAAGAGGUGGUGGAAGGUGGUUGAUAGAUUUGAUUUGAGGAAUGACUUGUGGAUUAAAUCAUUGUAUGAAGAUCGGCUAAGGUGGGUACCGACAUACAUGAAUAAAAUCUUCUUGGCAGGAAUGUCUACGAUGCAACGAGCAGAAAGCGUUAGCACUCUUCUUGAUAAAUGCAUAUUAUGCAAGACGACAUUAAAGGAGUUUCUUGUCCAGUAUAAAAAACUGCUGCAAGAGAAUUGUCAAGGAGAGGCAAAUGCUGAUUUUGAGACAAGACAUAUACAACCAGGAUUGAAAUUUCCCUCCCCUUUUGAAAAGCAGAUGUCAACUUUAUACACUCAUACGAUAUUCAAGAAAUUCCAAGUUGAGGUUUUAGGAGUGGUUGCUUGCCACCCUAAAAAGGAAAAUGAUGAUGGUGAAAAUGGCACAUAUAGAGUCCAAGAUUUUGAAGUAAAUCAAGAAUUCAUUGUUGUAUGGAAUGAGAGGACAUCUGAUACUUCAUGUUCUUGUCAUUUGUUCGAGUACAAUGGAUUCCUUUGUAGACACGUGAUGAUAGUUCUUCAGAUGGCUGGUGUGCAUAACAUCCCCUCUAAGUAUGUUUUAAGACGCUGGACUAAAGGUGCAAAGAGUAGAGAGAAGACGAGACAAGUAACUUUGGUUGAUUCCAGGGUUCAACGCUACAAUGAUCUAUGUCAAAGGGCAUUUGAGCUAGGUGAUGAAGGGUCGUUAUCUCAAGAGAGUUAUAACAUUGUAUUUAGUGUUCUGGAAAAUUUUCUGAGAACAUGUGAGACAGUGAAUGAUGCAAAUUUAAAUGAAUCAGAACCGUGUUCUCUCCCAAAUCAAGGGCUUAAUGACCUUGAAGUAUUCACAGAUAGUAAUAAUCCAAGUAAGAGUAACGGAAAGAACAUAGCAAGAAAAGAGAAGGAAGGACAAUUAGGUCUCGGAGAACCAACUGUGGAUUAUCCUUUCAGAUCACAUUCAGCCAUACAGCCAAUGGGACAAUUGAAUACAAAUACCCAAGGCUAUGGCAACCAUUUAAACAUGCUGGGGGUGGGACAAUUGAGUACACUUGCUUCAAUUGAAGAUGGCCCUUAUCUCUCUCAACCUAGAUUGCAUGGACUGGGGCAAGUGUAUUUUAGGCCUGCAGAUGCUCAAAGUUCUUUUGGGGUUCAGGACAGUCUCCAAGAGUCUAUCGUGGCCAAUACGGAGAACUUGUGCUCAAAGAAUUGAUCUUGACAAUAGCUCACGCUGCAGUUCCUUGACCAACUUUACCAUCUAGUAGUUUGUACAUAUAUGAGAUCAUUGCCUUAUGCACAGAACUUCAACAGAGGCGUGUCAAAGCGGAGUGAGCGUUAUUGCAGAGCUAGGAAGGAGCAUAAGGGAGAGAUUGCAGUGGAGUGGAGUGUUGUAACAAGUAUGGAGUCUCACUUGUUUCACCAAUGUGAGACACUUCAGGCAUUAGAUUAUUGGUAUGUCGUCAUUAGACUCCGUAAUCUAUUAUCUUUAUGUAGUGUCUUUGAUAGCUAACAUACAUCUCUGAAAGUGCUUGAUAGUUUUGAGGAAUUGUCUAUAUGAUUCAGAAGGGAGUAUGAGUGUGUGUAUUAUAGCAAAAUUUUUGUAUCAAGUAAUAAAAAUACUUGCAGUAAAUUACGUCAAAUAUCCAUAUAUUAUGACUCAUUUAGGAAGAUGUUCCUUGUAUUUUAGAAUCAAAUACAUAAUACAAGUACCAUGGAAAUCCUAGUAUAAGAACUAGAGUACCUUUUUUCAUGUUUA